AAGCAAGCAGGCUCGAGCGCAGCGCAGCAAACACCGGCGCCAGAACCCGUGCGGCACGCCUGUGCAUGCAUUUGUAGCCCUCCGGUGCGCACAACUCGCUGCGAACGGCUGAAAGCGCGCGUAGCACAAGCCACGUCUCGGAGAGCCCCUGCAAGCUCAGGCGGCAGCGCUGCGCCAUCACGCCGGCGCCGCGCGGCGGACCGUCGAAACAUGUCGCCGGCAUCCAUACUACUGCUCAGUGUAUGCUCCGUCGCCCUGACGCCGCCGCAGCGCCGCCCGCCAAAGCCGCCGGCCAAGCCGCCCGCGAGCAAGCAAAGGCGGCCACCAAACAAUGUACCAAGAGCCCAGAAACCGAAAGUUACGGACGGAUUAGCCCAACUGAGGAGCGACGCCCAGGCGGGACGCUGGCGCGAAGCAUUGGCAACAAUUACUACAGCUGAGGGCGCGAUCGAGUCCGCAAGAGAUGCGGGCGCGACCUUCUUCCCGCUGCCCGUGGAAGCCUAUAAUCUGGCCAUCACGGCCUGCGGCAACGGUAGAAAUCAUGAAGAAGCUUUAGGCGUGUUGCGGAGGUUGACCAUGGGUGUAAGUCCAGAAGAAGGGCCUGGAAGUGCCCAAGCGGCGAAGCGCCCGCGGCCCGACGCCGUGACCUUCAACGCCGCCGCCGCGGCCUGCGCGAAGGCCGGCGACUAUCAGAAGGCCGAGCAGGUUUUGAAACAAGCUAGAAGAUUUAAUAAAUUGGACGCCAUCCUCUACACCUCCGUCAUCAGUGCCUGUGGAAGGGCGGGCCAAACGAAAAAGGCCCUGGCGUAUUUAGAGGCUUUACGGGAGGAUUUAGGAAGGGGCGACGUCGUCGCGUACACCGCGGCGGUCGAUUCGUGCGCGCGGGCCGGCGACUGGUUGAAUGCCGAACGAGUUUUGGGGCAGAUGAUUUUUGAAGACAAGGUCGUGCCCAAUCUCAGAACUUAUCGGGCGGCGUGCAAGGCCGCGGCGGCGGCGGGCGAGUUCGCGAAGUGCGAAGAACUGCUGGACGACGUCAAGGACGCCGUGCAAAUAGCGCAAGGCGCGCGGUUCUGGGGUCCGAGGGACCACGCGGCCUGCUUCGAAGGCGUUUUGAAGGCGUGUCGAGGCAGAGGUGCUUGGAAAGAGGCUCGGAACGUCCUCGAGAGGUUAGAAAACGAAGUCACGGCCGGUAACAACGAGGACGACGUCGAGGCCGUGGAGCGGGCCGCGACGGCGUCCUACGUCGCUGCGAUUGGUGCUUGUGCUCGCAACAUCGACGACGACGCUCAGGUAAGGUGGUCGUGCGCCCGAGAUCUUUUAGAUCGCUUAGAAGCUAGAUUGAAGGCGCCAUCCAGGAAAUCUAGAUUGUGGAGGACGAAACGAGAGCGCAGACAGGCCUACACUUCUGCCAUGGUCGUCGCGGGGCGGGCGGGAAAGGCCGACGAGGCUCUGAAACUCUUCGACGCCUUCGAAGCCGAUAACCUCAAGCCGGACACGGCCUGCUACAACGCGGCAUUAGCUGCGUGUAGACGAUCUGAUGUUGGUAAAUAUGCGGACUUUGCGAAACGAUUGUGGCGGCGCUGCUGCGAUGAUGACGACGCACAUCCUGAUAGUCUCACAGCUGCCGAGGCCGUGGCUUGUCUCGAGAGAGCGGGAAGAUGUUCCGAUGCCGAUCUUAUUUUUGCGGAAGCGCUGGAGCUGGGCGUGCCACUGAAACAAGCGCGAAGCGCCGGCCCGCAGGGCGUCGCGAAGCGGUCCGUCGCGUGGCUGGACGAGAAUUCGGAGUAUGACGUCAGCGGUCUGUCCGUACCCCUCGUGAAGUGUGCGAUUAGGAAAGCGUUGAAGGAUGAAACGGCUUCCGACCACACGGCUGAUUGUGUCUUCAUCACGGGCGUUGGCGCGAAAAAGGCGAAGGACCCUUCGCAUGUACCUCUUCGCGAUAGCGUGCUGGAAUUUCUCAAAGAAUUUGAUCCGCCCCUGAACGCGUUUGUCCCUAAAGAUGCCCAGGGGACCGUCGUGGUCAAGCGGUCGUCGUUGCUGGAUCGGCUCGAUUAUGAUGAUGAGGAGGAGUUCGUCCGGGGGGGUAAGCGGAGGAAGUAGU